AUGCUGCGCUCCGAGACUUGGAGGCAAGUACGCUUCUUCAAGCUCAACAUCAGGAGUAUUUGCGAGGCCUUUUUAUCACCGACCCGAGCCAAGUUGAUGUACUACUUCAUCGAUAUAGCGGAGAGCCAGGGUGAGAGCCAGUGGACUAAAUGCAUGAACAACAUGCCGAAAAAGAAAAAAAGGAUGAAGGACGAAAAAGAAAGGCUCAUCAACAUGACCAAUCUAACCAUCCCAGACAACGUCUCCAAGACAUUAGAAAAAGGACCCAAAUAUGCAGUAGAGCCUAAGGCCAAAACUGUGGACCUGAUCGGUAUGGUGCACGACGUUGCAAGGAAGGUUUCUGAAGAAGAGAAAAACGCAUGCAUAGCUGCCGGCAUCAGAGCUGUUUCCAACAAAUUAAAAACAGCCAGGCAACCAGGCGUGAACACCAACCACACGAUCAAUUACAGAAUAGAAAACACUUUGAUGGAGAUAACGUCGCAGAAAAUGCCCUACAGUCUCUUCGUCCUGAACACCCUAAACGAUCUGGACAACUUUCUAAGGGAGGUCAAGAAAGUUGCCAAAGUGAUGAAGUUACAAGUAGUCGGGGACUUCAACGUACCGCACGUAGUAUGGGUAUACCACACGAGCAACAAGAAGGAAACAAACGUGCACAACGCGGCGCAGAAACAUCAGCUGACGCUGUUACCUCCGGAGACCCCCGUCAUACGAGACAAGUACGGCAACAGAGUCGACAAAGUUGCUGGCCCCUACCGAGAGGGGGAGUCACUGACUUUAAUCUGCGAAGUCAAAGGAGGCGUGCCGGAGCCAUUGAUCUCGUGGUGGCGCAACUCGACGGAGCAGCUUCAUAGCAGGGCGGAGAGGUCUUCCCACGACGUGAUCCGGUCGACGCUGGAAAUGACGCAGCUGCGCGCCCGAGACCUCAACGCCAGCCUCACGUGCCGGGCGUCCGACUACAACCGGACCUACACCGUCGCUUCGUCGGUUACCCUCGACAUUUAUCUGAAGCCAUCCACGGUUCGCAUCCGUUCCAAACAGCGUCCUCUCGUGGCGGGACUGGCGGCCGAGAUCGAGUGUGAGGCAGCCGGAUCCCGACCAGCCCCCGUCAUUUCCUGGUGGAGGGGCAAAGCCAAGUUACCCAGCAAUCACUUCAAGGUGCUGCUGAUUGGCAACCGGGUGUUCUCCGUGGUGGCCUAUACGCCAACACGGGAGGACAACGGCAAGCGACUGCGAUGCGUGGCCGAGAACCCCAAUAUCAUCGGGAGCUCGAUCGAGGCGUCGUACAACCUCGACGUUCAUUACAAACCACUGGUGACGCUGCUGUUGGGCAAGCGUCUUCGGCUGGAAGAGAUCUUCGAGGGUCAGGACUUGUACCUGGAGUGUAGCAUUGAUGCUAACCCGCACGUCUCUGAGGUCGUCUGGAAGUUUGAAGGAAGAGAAGUGCACUCGGACCCCGCGGCAAAAGUCAUCACCAGCAACCAGUCACUGGUCUUUCAGUCCAUCCAGAGGCAUAACGCGGGACGCUACACUUGCGUCGCCAUCAACUCCGAGGGAGAGUCUGUCAGCAACGAGGUCCGGCUGAGCGUACAAUAUUCGCCGGUGUGUUCGCCUCGGCAGCGCGCCGUGUACCCGGCAGCGGCACACGAGAUGGUGCAGGUCUCGUGUGACGUGGACGCCCACCCUUCCGUGACGAGCUUCCGCUGGGCCUUUAACGGCAGUUUGCGCAGCCACGAGGUGCAGAGCUUCGUGUCCGAUGGCGGCCGCAGCGUGGCCUCGUACGUGCCCAGGGAGGAGGCCGACUACGGCUCGCUUUUCUGCUGGGCCGUCAACGAGAUCGGCACCCAGAAGACGCCCUGCCAGUUCCAGAUCACACCUGUCGGUCCUCCUCUAGCGCCAUCUAACUGCACGCUGACCAACCAGACGGAAGUGGCCUUCCUGGCCGAGUGCCGCGAGGACCACAUCGGCGGCCCCAGGCAGCUGUACUCGUUGGAGGUGCACGACGUCUCAUGCCACCGGCUGCUGGCCAACCUGACGGCAGACCGGCCGGCCUUCUGGGUCCAGGGAGUGCCAGCGGGCAUCAACGUCGUGCUCGUGCUGUACGCCGCUAACCAAAUGGGCCGCUCCCAGCCCGUGCUGCUCAGGGCCGAGGCCGCAGACCGCCACUGGGAGGGCCUUCGACACGGAGGUGAAUGGAAUGGCUGCGAGCAGGGAAACUACUUGGUCAUCAUUCUGGUUGCAAUCACCUUCAUCACCCUCUUUUUGCUUCUCCUGCUGGUCGUCGCCGCUCGGUGUCGCAACAAAAAGAGGUUAAAAGCUAUUGCCGGCAAUAAAUCCAUACAGAACGGAAAAGCUUCCAUGCCUGAACUCUGCACAGAGUCAAGGUUCAAAAGCAGCAAGAACAUCCUUUGGCCGGUUUAA